UAAAGACUGAAGGAGAUCUCACUAGAAGCGAAGGAGGUUUGAAGAACCAGACCUGACCCAGAGUCAAAGAGAGAAACACGCCGAGACAGGGAGAGACUGCUUGAAAACUAGAAAACUCCCAAGGCUCAAAGGCUUUUCAGAGGAACAGAAACUUAUUAAAUAUGAACCAUUUCUGAACGGAACCACCAGGAGAUCCAUAGGAACGCUGUCCAUCAACUGUAACGACAAACCAGCAGACAAAGAGAAAUCCUUCCGUCCCUUCGCUGCUGCCAUGGACUCAGGAAAGCAAAUAACGUUACCGUUGCUGAUGAGCGUUGGUACUGCAGUGAUUGGAUCCUUGCAGUUUGGAUACAACACAGGUGUCAUCAAUGCCCCGCAGAAGAUCAUUGAGAAAUUCAUCAAUGAGACAUACUUUGAACGUUACCAGGAUCCCAUCUCCAAAACCUCCCUUACAGCUAUCUGGUCCAUUUCUGUUUCCAUCUUCUCUGUCGGAGGCAUCUUUGGUUCCUUCUCUGUCGGAUUCUUUGUCAACCGUUUGGGAAGGAGGAACUCAAUGCUCAUAGCCAACAUUUUAGCCUUCAUCGCAGCUGCUCUGAUGGGUUUUUCAAAGAUGGCCAGCUCCUGGGAAAUGCUCAUCAUCGGUCGUUUUAUAGUUGGUCUCUACUCCGGCCUCUCCACUGGUUUUGUACCCAUGUACAUAGGUGAAGUCUCCCCGACAGCCAUGCGAGGCGCCUUAGGCACACUACACCAGCUGGGCAUCGUCGUCGGCAUCCUCAUCGCACAGGUAUUCGGACUGGAAAUGAUCAUGGGCAACGACAUGUUUUGGCCACUCUUGCUGGGCUUCCUUUUUAUCCCGGCUGUGAUACAAUGUGUCCUGCUGCCGCUGUGCCCCGAAAGCCCCCGUUUUCUGCUUAUCAACAAGAACGAGGAGAAUAAAGCCAAAACAGUUCUGAAGAAGCUCCGAGGCAUGACAGAUGUGAGCGCCGAUAUGCAGGAGAUGAAGGAGGAGAGCCGACAGAUGAUGAGAGAGAAAAAGGUGACAAUCUUGGAACUUUUCCGCUCUCCACUCUAUCGCCAGCCCCUGAUUAUCGCCAUCACCCUGCAGCUCUCCCAGCAGCUCUCUGGAAUCAAUGCUGUGUUCUAUUACUCCACACGUAUCUUUGAAAAAGCCGGAGUGAAGCAGCCAGUUUAUGCCACCAUUGGAACCGGUGUUGUUAACACUGCGUUUACGGUUGUUUCUCUGUUUGUUGUGGAGCGUGCAGGACGCAGAACUUUGCACCUCCUAGGACUGAUGGGUAUGGCUGGAUCUGCCAUCAUGAUGACCAUUGCCUUGGCUCUGCUGGAGCAACUCAAAUGGAUGUCCUAUUUGAGCAUCGUGGCCAUAUUCGCCUUCGUUGCGUUCUUUGAGAUGGGACCGGGUCCAAUCCCCUGGUUCAUCACAGCAGAGUUGUUCUCACAGGGACCCAGGCCAUCGGCCAUCGCUGUAGCUGGUUUCUCCAACUGGACGGCCAACUUUAUCAUUGCCUUGGGGUUCCAGUAUGUAGAGGAACUUUGCGGUCCGUACGUGUUCAUCAUCUUUACUGUUCUGCUGCUCGUGUUCUUCAUCUUCACAUACUUCAAAGUGCCGGAGACCAGGGGCCGGACGUUUGACGACAUCGCUACUGGCUUCCGCCAGACAGCCAGUGCAGGAGCAGAGAAGCACUCGCCGGAGGAGCUGAACAGCCUGGGAGCAGACUCUCAGCUCUGAGCAAAUAAACCUAUCUGACAAACUUUUCGCAGACUGAGUGUGAACCUGGAGGGUCUGCUUGUUAGAAGUAGACAGAUCUGCCGGUAGAACUAGUUUUACUACUCUUUCACAUCAUUUUGGACGUUGUCUCCAAUGCAGCAUCUCCUACUGCUUUGCUCUUACAGCGCAAAACAAAUAAAUAAAAGAAAACUCGAUAGCCGAGGUGUCAGCCGACAGUUGGGAAGAGAGGAACCGAAGAGAGAUCUGGAGGAUUUUCUUAUUUUAGAAAUAUUUUUAAAGAAGGAAAAGGCAUAUCAGCAUCACUCCACCUGCUUUUUCCCCAUUUUUCCAUAAGUAUUUUAGUGAUAUGUGCUUUACUGCUCUGGUGUUUUUGUGUUGUUACAGUACAUUGAGUUUAUCAUUAUCUGGUUAGAGAGCGAUAUAGCUUUAAAAUAAGUUAUGUGUGCAAAGAUUCCUGUUUUCAUUGACUACUGUAUCUCUUUAGACUCCAGGCUCUGUUGUUGCGCUACUGUGUCUUCCCACCAGAUGAAGCUAUUUCUUUAGAAAAGGUGCCUGACGUUCCACUUUGAAGAAAUUGAAUGAAGUUACUGAGUAUACAAAUUGUGCUGGCAAGCAGUUGGAUGUCUUUCUUGAAUUAACUCAUUGUUUAGCUAUUAUGUCAAUUUUGACUCUACUUAAAAAGACAUUUCAUAACUAAAAUGUCAUUUUAUUUACAAAUAUGAAUAUAUUUGGUAACAGUUACUUUAGUUGUUUUUACAACUAAUGAAAUUUUGUAUUAAGACAAGAAGAAAUCUGCCCAAACCCUGGAACAAAAUGCAACCAAUUGAUCAUCUUUACAUUAUCAUGACCCAUUAAAUCAGUCACAAUCAAGUGUCCAUCUGGGUCAGUCGUACCAAAUCAGCCAUCACUGUUAAUGUUUCAGGUCAGGCUGGCCUGAUCCAAACUCAGAAGCUUUAGAUUAAGUACUCAAAUGUUCAAGUGGAGCCUUUAGAGUUGGGGGCAUUAGCUAAAAACCUGAGCUUUUCACUCAGUCUGAAGCUCAUUACCAUUCCUCAGACAGAAAUAAUGUGGACCAAACUGACCGAGAGGAUUUUCGUUACCCUGAAUGUGCUUGUGGAUGCUUGUUACCGUUUUGACACCAGUAUUGAAUUUUGCAGAAUGUUUCGGCUUUCUCUUUUGUAGUCAUGUCCUUUACUCUGCACAGAUGGGGGUAAAAAAAAAUUAAACACACGCAAUUUGCCUUGCUGCACAAGCUGCUGUCUAUCACUGCUGUAUCCCUUGUGAGAAACCUUGUCUUCUCCCUUAAUACAUUUGUUUGAGGUAUGAUCAGGGGUGGAGAAUCCAGGUCCAGAAAGUAAAAAGCCUGUACAGAGAUUAGUCCCAACCAUUUCAAUUUCUAUAUCCACAACAUAGACAGGGACUAAGUGUGGUUAAGUGAACAGGAUGAAGGAAACUAGGCAGGCUUUUUACUUUCUGGACCUGGAUUCUCCACCCCUGGGUAAGAUAUCAUUUUAGCAGCACUUUAUUAUUCACAGUGAGACAGACCCUGAGGUUGAGUCUGUUACAUUUUAAUGCACAGUGUGUAUACUUUGUCACUACAGAGAGACUGAAGAACUGUUGACAGAUUUCUUUAAGUGUUUUUAAAAAGGAACCUUUUAAAGUUGUGCUUGUGUUCAUAUCUACCAUACUUUUCCUGCACAAAUUUCAUCAAAUCAUAUUACAGCAAUGAAGACAUUUAACACCAGUAGCAAAAAAAAGCUUUUAAUCAUUCCAGGACCAGCUGUCUGUUGUAUGUAUAUAGCAGUUCUUUUAGUCACACUUUAACAUAUCAACUAUUUGCCUUUGUGUGCCAUUCACUUAAUAUCACCAGCAACAUUUUAUAGUGGCAGCACCAAAUGAUGCCUAUUGCUAAUAUUAAAAAUAUCAAAACUGUAUUAUUGUAUAUAGAUCCAUAAGUUAGUUUGGGCUUUGAAAGGUGGUAUAUAUAGGCUGUGAUAUCUGACUAGGCAGGUUAAAAACACAGGAUGAAGGCAACUCAGACCUACACCCAUCAGAUAAAUCAAAUCUUUCACUUUGUUUUUUUGUUGUACACUUAAAUUAUUAAUAAUAUAGAGCAGCACAUUUUGCCUUACUUUUCUGUCUGACUGCAAUGUUUCCACCUUUCAAUAAUAUAAUACUUUAGGAUUUGUACGUAAAACCUUUGUAGUGUUUAUUUAGAGUAUUGUGUAAAAAGCCUUUGUAGGGUGUUGGAAAGUGCAACUAUUGGGUAAAUAUAAACUGUGACGGAUGAUGCUGUAAAUUGUUCAGAAUUGUGUUUAUCAGAUGAAUAAACAAAAUCACACAAA